CUCGCUCCCCGCACUAUAGCAACUCCCGGCGCCGCCUCCUCCCCAACGCGUCGUCCCGUCGAGCGCCACCGCACUGGUUUCCUCGCCGUCGCGCGCCACCUCUGCUCUCCCAUCCGCCUUCACCAUACGCUUCCGGCCCUGCUACCCUCGCUCUAGGAUUCCUUCGCGGGCGCCGCGGCCCGUCCUCUGGAAGCGGAUCGGAGGCGGCGAGCGGGCGGGGAAAGCGGCGGCUAGAGGAGAUGCUCAAGUUCCUGUCCAGGGUUGUGGUGGAGUACAACCCGCUCGACCCGCGCAAGGCGGCGGCCGUGGAGCUCCUCGCGCAGUGCAACGGCCGCAAGGCCAAGGACUCCAACCCCACCUGCUCCGUCGAGCUGCGGCGCCUGCCCUCCCCGGCCGCGGCCGAGGACCCCAAGGCCCAGCCGCCCCCGCGCGUCCUCGUCACCUACCUCAACGGCGCCGAGGAGGCCUUCGUCGCCGCCGACGGCGCCACCGCGCAGGGCAUGCGCGACCAGAUCCUCGCCCGCGGCCGCCUCCUCGAGACCGAGCAGCUCUUCCGCGAGGCCGGCGAGAAGUGGCCCGUCGUCAUCCCCGAGGAGGAGCUCGGCAUGUCAUUCCCCGGCAUCAAGCCAAAGAAAGCCGAGGAGAAGCCCCAGGCUUCGUGAUCCAGGCAGGGCUCUUUCAGUCUGGCGUGGUUAACUAGGAGUAUGUCUGUUCUCUCGCAUUUGGGAGCUUGUCUGCAGGUCUUCAUUGGCUAGUUCAGGUUCAGGGCAUGUCCCUUGUUCUUUUCCCUUUUCUCGGAACAUGCCAUGCUGAGUAGCCCAUUGGUGUUGAUUUUACAACCCUGUUCUGAACGAUCAACUGUGAACCAGUUUAUUCAGAAUAAGUUUGCUCUCUGCUCUUGUAGCGGUA